UGACGCCGGGAAUUCCGUACAUGUGUAAUACCACAUAAUACAUUAGUAUAUACGAAGAUAAAAGGUCAAUGGGAUAAUAAGACUUGAACCUUUGAUAUUUAACAGCAAGAUUAUAUUUUGAGGAACUUCUACGUACUAUUCAAUGUGAAGACAUUUAGUCAUGGAUUCAACAUGGUUACAUGUAUUUCUCCUUAUGAGUGGAAUUUAUAGCGGAUACGUCGGUGGAUAUCAGAAACUGGAUUUAAACGAUAAAAUAAAUCAAGUAUUCAACGAGAGAAAGAGGGAAAUCGCAACCAAUAAUCCCCCACAUCGCAUGGCCGAUCUGUUAAUGGAUGAUAACAACGGGCUGCACCUUUUCGACUACGGAAAAACGAUAGAAAACACAAAAAUUAUCCGAUUCCAAGAAACGUUCAAGGGCAUUCCUAUUCACAAUGCUUACGUCACAGAAGAAGUCGAUUCCGACACGGGCGAGUGGACAGGGCAGGUUUCCGGUAUUUGGUAUGAAAGACUAGAAGAAGAUAUACCAUCAAUUGCUCCUCAGCUGAAUGAAAAUCAGGCCUUGUAUAUUGCAUUGUUCAAUGAAGGAUUGAAGAAUAUGUCUGAAGUACAGGGUUGUAAAAUUAUUUUAACCAUUGUCCCAAUCAACGAGACUGCAGCACUCUGUUAUGAUGUGACCUUGACAAUCGUUUCGCCAGGAAGUAUGAAAACACCGGGCUUUUUUAUUGAUGCAAAUUCAGGUCAAAUACUGAGAAAAAUGCAACGAUUACAAAAUUCCGUAAUAAAUGCUGUUGGUGGAAAUACUAAAACAAAGAAAAUUAACUACGGGGUCGAUUUUCCACCAUUAGAAGUCAGAACCAACAGAAAGGGAAAGCGUUGUCGAUUGAAAUCAAAAUAUGUACGUGUGUACGACUUACAAUCUGCAACAGAGCUCCCAGCAGGAUCUAAACCAUUUACAUUCCAAUGCGAAGACGGUGUAAAAGAUGAAGUCAAUGGUGGCUUUUCUCCUCUGUCUGAUGCAUUUUAUAUGUCACAGCGAGUGUUCGAAAUGUUUGAAGAUUGGGCUCACAUACCAGUCGUACCCAACCCUCCGAUUGACAUAUGGAUACAUUACGGAGAUCUGAAAUUUGCGGCGAUGUACAAUGGAAGGAAUCUGGUUUUUGGUGAUGGUAAUAAGAACUUCUUCCCUCUCGUCACGUAUGACGUAGUCGGUCACGAGUUUGCUCAUGUGUUCACUGAAAGUCACUCAAAUCUCGAGUACGAGAACCAGUCAGGUGGAAUUAACGAGGCAUAUUCCGACCUUGCUGGCGAAGCUUUUGAAUUAUAUGCGACGGGGACUUACGAUCUUCAUAUAGGUGCUAAAGCCGAUAAAAAUGACGAGGAAGGCAUUCGUGAUUUAUGUAAUCAAAACAAAGAUGGAAACUCCAUAGUACAUGUCAAAAAUUAUUUUGACAAGAUGGAAGUUCAUUUGUCGAGUGGAAUCCUUAAUAGGGUUUCUUGUACAUUGAUCAAAGACCCGACUAUUGGGCUUAAAGUUGCUUUUCAGAUUUAUACCCACGCUAACAGAUUUUAUUGGAGCCCUAACAGUAAUUUUUCCGAUGCUGCUUGCGGAAUACUCAAGGCCACUUAUGAUCUCGGGCACGACACAGAUGUUAUCCGAGGCGCACUAAACGGAGUCGGAAUUACCGGUUGUAAACUGGAAUCAUACAUUCGUAAGAUUUACGGAAAAACACACAUUAAAAGUUUAUCAGCAAACGAAAAUGAAAACAUUGUCUUUGGUUUCAACGGACAUUUGUCUGUAGCUCGGAUUAUUCGAGUUUUUACGGAAGGUGGGUCCGGCGAUGUGGACUUGUUCGUGAAUAAUGGACUAAAACUGGACAAAGCUUCCACGAAAUACAAAUCUACUUUCAAAGGGAACUUCGAGGUUGUACAGAUUCCAUAUACGGAAUGUGCGACGAAUAUUUGUUUCAUUCAUCUUGUUCCCCGACUUCGAAACUUCAAGGGAGUUUCCUUUGAAAUUGAUAUUAUUUAGAGUACCUCAGAUUUAAUAGGCUAACAAUCUGGUGUAAACCUGUACUGAAACUCUGUAGAAUGAAUACUAGGUGUUCAGUAUUUUUAAUGCUUGAAUCAAUAAAAACUACGUUCUGACGCAUGCUGUUGAAUUACUGACAGGGAACCUUAAUUUGAAUAUGGAACACGCGUGUCAUCCACCUGUUUUGAUCUGCUUCACUCCAAUGAUAUAGCCGGCUAUUGGUACUUUGCGGAACGGAACCGAUUGUGGGGUACCCUAAGGGGGAAUCCACUGUAAAAAAAAAAUUUGGUUGUAAAAAUAAAAUACUGGACUUUAAUCUUCUAGUUAUAUACAUAAUUGUGUCCAUUGAUGCUGGCCUAAGAGAAGUAGAGAGUUGUAAAACACAAUACCAGGAUUUAAAGUUGUAUUUUUUAAAUAUACAAUUGUGUUCAAUCAUCUGACCUUUACUUCUGCGUUGAUAUCUGUAGUUAAUGUAUAAACUAUGCUUAAUUUUCGAUUUGCAUUUAUUACUGAUAUAAAAUGGAUAUUUUCUGCGCUGGUUCCGUUCCGUUUCGCUAAAUACCAAUAUCCGUGUGGAUAUUAGUAUUUAACGGAACGGAAAGAAACAUCGAAAUUCAAGAGUUAUUCUACAUCUACAAUUAGACACUUGCUAUUCAAUUAUGCUCAUUCUUUUUAAUCGUACAGAAUCUUAAGACAACGAAUUAUCUUUUUUUCCGAUGGGGGUGGGGGUGGAAAUAACUGCUUUCGUACACAUUCGUGUGUUUUUGAACAUGUCUGAAAUUUUUUAUUGCAAUUUGUUUCGGUUUUGAAGGCGAAUUUUCACACAUGUUCAAUCGCAUCUUAAGACACCGAAUUCCCUCUUUUCUUUUUCUUGUUGUGGUUUUUUUUUUUUGGGGGGGGGGAUGGGAUUGUAAAUUAAUGCCACGUUAUUUUCUCCUGUUUUUGUUGAAGCUUUCAUUUUCAUCGGUUUAUUUGAUCACUCUGAACGUCAGAGGAGUUGUUAAUUUCAAAAAUCAAUAUACAUAUAGAUAUAUAUAGGAUUCCGUUCCGUUCCGCUAAAUACCAAUAGCCGUGUGGAUAUUAGUACUUAACGGAACGGAACGAAACAUCGAAAUGGAAGUGUUAUCCUACACCUACAAUUAGUCUUUUGUUAUUCAAAUAUGCUCAUUCUUUUUAAUCGUACAGAAUCUGAAGACACCGAAUUAUCUUUUUUCCUAUGGGGGUGGGGGUGGAAAUAACUGCUUUCACACACAUGCAUGUGUUUUUGAACAUGUCUGAAAUUUUUUAUUGCAAUUUACUUUGGUUUUGAAGAUGCAUUUAACACGUGUUCAAUCGCAUCUUAAGACACCGAAUUCCCUCUUUUCUUUUUCUUGUGUUGUUUUUUUGGUUUUUUUUGGGGGGGGGGGGGGGUGAUUUUUUUUGGGUAAAUUAAUGCCAGGUUAUUUUCUCCUGUUUUUGUAGAAGCUUUCAUUUUCAUCAGUUUAUUAUUUGAUCACUCUGAAAGUCAGAGGAAUUGUUAAUUUGAAAAA